CCGCGGCCCUGCGCCUGCGCUCUGGCUGCCAGGACGCGGCGAUGGCGGCUGCGGCGGUGGCGGCCCCCGAGGUCCUUCGGGAAUGCGGCUGCAAGGGCAUCCGGACCUGUCUGAUCUGCGAGCGGCAACGCGGAGGUGACCCGCCCUGGCAGCACUCCCCGCAGAAAACACACCGGUUCAUUUACUACACCGACACUGGCUGGGCUGUGGGGGCCGAGGAGUCCGACUUUGAAGGCUGGGCCUUCCCCUUCCCCGGGGUGACGCUGAUUGAGGACUUCGUGACCCGGGAGGAAGAAGCCGAGAUGGUGCAGCUGAUGGACCGUGACCCCUGGAAGCUCUCACAGUCUGGACGGAGGAAGCAGGACUACGGCCCCAAAGUCAACUUUCGGAAGCAGAAGCUCAAGACCGCCAGCUUCCGAGGCCUCCCGAGCUUCAGCCGCGAGGUGGUGCGCAGGAUGGGGCUCUACCCCGUCCUGGAGGACUUCCGGCCCGUGGAGCAGUGCAACCUGGACUACUGCCCCGAGCGGGGCUCGGCCAUCGACCCCCACCUGGACGACGCCUGGCUCUGGGGGGAGCGGCUGGUGAGCCUCAACCUGCUGUCCCCCACCGUGCUGUCCAUGUCCCGGGAGGCGCCCGGCAGCCUGCUGCUCUGCCUGGCCCCCUCCGGCUUCCCGGAGGCCCUGGUGGAAGGCGCAGUGGCCCCCAGCAGGUCCGUCCUGUGCCAGGAGGUGGAGGUGGCCGUCCCCCUGCCCCGCCGCUCUCUGCUGGUGCUGACGGGAGCCGCGCGGCACCAGUGGAAACACGCCAUCCACCGCCGGCACAUCGAGGCCCGCCGCGUGAGCGCCACCUUCAGGGAGCUGUCGGCCGACUUCGGCCCCGGCGGGAGGCAACAAGACCUGGGGCGGGAGCUCCUGCAGAUCUCGCUGUCCUUUCAGGGGAGACCCACGUGAGCCACCUCCCAGGGGACUGGAGCUGGCGCUGCAGGCUGGGGGGCACCGGCCCCAGAGUGGACCAACGGGCCGGAUGGAAGGGGGCGCCCAGCACAAGGACCUUCCUCCCCAGGGCUGAGGGAGACAGCUUGACCCCUGGCGCCCGGCUGUGGGAGCCCUGCUCACCAGCUGCCUCGACGGGGUGGGCUUCCCUCUGACCGGUCCUGCAGCCGCUUGUCUGGGUUAUUUAAUUUGUCACUGUCUGAGGGCAGUGCCAUAAGUCGAGCUUAAAAAACGGUUCCCGCUUCAGGCCGCUUUCUCCUUUAUCCGUCUCUUCAAUGAGGUCGCUUGACGUCCCAGCCUGCAGGCCCCUCGCCUAGGGAGCAGGCUGGAUUGGAGAACAGAACGGGCGGAAGACGUGAGGUUAUUGUUGUUUCAGACUUCAGAGCUGGUGGCAGCUUCUGAGGCUGUGCCCGGGUCGUGCCUGACCCCAUGGAGUGUGGGAUGUGAUGGGGACAGGGCCAUCUCCUGAGAGUCUGUCCCCUGCACAUCCCCCCCCACACACUAUUAAAAACUAGGGACCAGGGAGUCCCCUCAGGCCCCAGCACAGGGCAAGGUGGCUCACUUCCUGGCACCAGUGCUGUGAGAGGUGCUGACCUGGACAGGCGGCUGCCCAGGGCCUGGGUGGCCAGCCCUCUUCUGCAGAUGUAUGACAAAAUAUACUUGGCUCACUGAGCACAUGCUGGGAGCCAAACUCAGGGGACCAGGGCCCCAUCACAGUCUGGAAAGGUUUCAAGCCCUGGUUUUCACUGUCACUCUGGAACUUUCUAAAACCGGUCAGAUGGGCAGAGUUGCUGGCCGCCCUGCACUGACCAUGGAGCCAGGGGCUCGAACUGGAGAAACUGGGCAGGGACCCAGCAGAGAGGCUGCGUGGGCCUCUAGUGACCGAAUGAGCCCAGCCGCUGGCUGCGGUGGGGGCAGCGGGCUUGCAGACACCUUGGGUGCCGCUCCCUGGGUCUGCAGGAGGGUGGGGGGUGGCUGCUUCCCCGGGCCGGUGAUCUCUGUACCAGCCCUCACACACCCCUCACGCUGGCGCCUGGGCAAGCCCAGCCAGAGCCCCAGCCUGUCUUGCUGCCUCAGCCACCGGGCAGGCCCAGACACAGCAGCCUGCUCAGGGGCCUGACGGGCUGGGCCUUGGGGCAGCUUGGCCCUGGGUGCAGUGGCGAGAUGCCCCGCCAGCAGAGGGCUCUGUUUGAGCUCGGUCCGGGGAGUGUCCUCAGGGUGACUCUUGCCUGAGCCAGGUCCCCAGCCAUCUGUGAGGGAUGGUGGAGGCUGGAAAGCGGGCUCAGCAGGUUCUAGGUGGGCCUGGUGAGGAGACUCUGGCCUCAGUCCUGUCCCCCGUCCCCCGCCCCCGCCCAGAGGCACCCGAGUCAGAACAGUGUCCUGCGCAGGCUGGCCGGGCUCCCUGGGGAAUGGUCCAGAGUGGGCUUGUGCACCCAGAGCUCCAGACUCAGCCCAGGCCUUCCGCAGGGCCCCUGGGGCCUGGGGGAUCCUCCUGGGCUGCAGAGGCAGUCUGACCCCCUGGAUGGGCCGCUUUUUUGUACCCUGCGCCAGCUGCUUUGUACCUGAUUCCUUGGAGCCUCUGGCUUAAAGUGCCAGGACCUUAAAAAUAAUAACCAAGGACAGACAUUGUCUAUAAGGGGGCCUCUCCCUCAGUGGGCAACUGUUAAAACAUAGACUGUCUGGGGUCUCCUCUUCGGUGCUACCCGGCCGAGGGUGGAUCUGUGCAGUUCUGCUGCCCAGCUGGACACCCAGCCUCACCCCAGAGCCACAGUCACCCGCAGUGGAAAAAAGCCCUGCAGGACUAGAGCCCCAGUGGCUCCCAGAGGACGGGUGGGCUCUUGAACCACCCCAGUCCAGAGGGCCCUUUUGGCCUCCAGCCGCACACCGGCUGCCCCGUGCUGUUUCCAGAAAGGGAGAGCCCCCCUUGGCAAGGGGAACAGCCCGCAGGGGCGCUCAGCUCUCUGGGGGGAGAGGAGGGCACUGGGCAGGAGCUGCAGAGCAUGUCUGGGUCCGAGUGCCCUGCCUGUCCAUCCCAGAGACCUCCGCCCCCUUCACCUGGGUAUCUGUUAGGACACUGGUGACCCCCGAUUGGGGGAGGGCUUCACCCCCUCCGUGCCCUUCCACUGAGAGCACAGACCGACUCAUAGCAUUACUUGUUUAUUCAGUUUGAUCCAGGGCAGCUGUUUUAAAAAUCCGUACACAGGACAGGGGGUGUGCACACCACGCGUGGCCUCCACAUGCAUGUGAGUUAAUCGGCACGAGACAGGUAAGCACUGCAGGUGAGCCUCCAUCUGCUCAGGCGUGUGCGGUUUUAUCCUCCACAGACCUUCCUAGAAGACACUGCGGUACAGUCUGCCCUGGCAGUUUGUCUAGAAUAGAAACCCUUGCGUCUUGAAACAUCUGGUCAGGUUCUAAAUGGAGACCGUGCUCCACUUUAGGAAGGGCCUCCGCGCGUCUGCGGGUGUGUUUUAUGAGCACCAGGAAGCUCUGCUUGGCGGAAAAUAGGGCAAACCCUGCCGGCUUGGGGCGGCCCUGGCGCCUCUCAGCGUAGAGAAGCCGCUGCACUUGGAACAGUCGGGCUAAACCUCCAGAAAUGGAAUUUCUAGCCUGUACUUCGCCUCCCUCCUCCCAAGGCUGCCCUGCUGAGUUGCUGCCGCAGCUCCAAACAGCGGCUUACUGUCUACCCCCGGAGCAAGCUCUGGGGCUCCCCCGAGGCUGCCCCUGCCCCAAACACCAGGCCCCAGGCCCAGAGUCUUCUCUGUUCCCACAGAAAUUCUCUUUGCCCCAUACCUCUGGGAACUGGAAAGGCUGGAGCUGGGAGAGCUCGUGAGGUGAAAACAGAAAUUACAAGGACAUUAUUCUCCUAAUCAGUGUCUAAGGUGUGGUAUGUGGCGUCUUUGCUACCCGGGU